AAAGUAAAGUGAGAACGAGGACAUGUGAAUAUUCGGCCGCUAGCAGUGACUAACGCCGUAUUUAGUUUAAAAUCCUUCUUUUGAGCUAUUUGUCACUCUCUGCAAUCAAGUAACCAUCUCUCAAGAUGAUGAGAUUACCCUUUCAAAUGUUGGUUCGGUCAACGGCCCAGCAGCUGAGGACCUUACACACCAGUAGAGCUGCUGCAUCAGGACAACUAUUUGUGCACAGAGAUUCGGAUGCUAACAACCCAAAUACUCCGUUUGAAUUCACAGAAGAGAAUAUGAAGAGAGUAAAUGACAUCAUAGCCAACUACCCUGAGGGUCACCAAGCAGCAGCAUGCCUGCCAAUCCUUGACCUCGCCCAGAGGCAGCAUGGAUGGACACCCAUCUCAGCCAUGAACAAGGUAGCAGAUAUCCUCAAGAUGCCCAAGAUGAGAGUCUACGAGGUCGCCACCUUCUACACCAUGUUUAACAGGAAUCCAGUGGGCAAAUACCACAUUCAAAUCUGCACAACAACACCAUGUAUGCUGAGAGAUUCAGACUCUAUUCUUGAAGUCCUCACAAGGAAAUUAGGCAUCAAAGUUGGAGAGACAACCAAGGACAACAUGUUCACACUGGCUGAGGUGGAAUGCCUAGGAGCUUGUGUGAACGCACCCAUGGUGCAGAUCAACGACAACUACUAUGAAGACCUGGCGGUCAAGGACAUGGAGGAGAUCAUCGAUGACCUGAAGGCCGGCAGGACUCCCAAGCCUGGACCAAGGAAUGCAAGGUUUGCAUCAGAACCAGAGGGCGGUCUAACUAGUCUCAUUGACCCACCCACAGGGCCUGGAUUCGGUGUACGGGACGACUUGUGAAAAGAACUACUGCUUACUAGAAAUAAAUAGAUUUUUAUCAAAUGGUUUUGUCAUUUUGCUUAUGAAUGUGUAUCAGUAUUCCUCUUGGAGUGUGGCAUGUAGGUAACACCACUGAAAAACAGGAAAUUUUGUUUUGUUGUCGAUGUUCGUCACAAGAACCCUCUGGAAGCCUGUAGGGUAAUGUCCUGGAAUGGCUUAUACAGGAUGAAAGAUCUUGUGAGUUUCACUUGAUGGGUUGUAAAUAGAUAUCUUCAGAUUUGUCUUGAGACAGAGCCAACAUUUUGUAUGGAGUGACUGUAGAAAAUGUGGCAUAAAAGAUGCAAUAUUUUUUGUCUUGAACUCUGGAAAGGCAGUUGUAACCUCCAUACGCUCAUUUAUAGGCACCGGUUUUUGUGUUGGACUUCAAAAAGUGUGAUCUCCACUCCAUAAAGAGCAUGAAAAGCCACAUCAAAGUAAAACAAAGGAAUGUUUUCUGUGUCCAAACAUUUCUAAAAAUACUUCAAAAAUUAAAAGAUUUGAAAAAACAGGAGGGACUACUUUGUGGAUACAUGUAAUAGAUUUUUCUGUUUGUUGACAACACUGGCAGAAUCAUCAGUUUUUUAAAGUUUAAACAAAAACAACUACUCUGAAUAUAUGUGUGACAAAUAUGUUGGUGUAUGAAUGAUAUAAUAAAUAUGAAGUUCUUCAAAUCA